CUUCCCUUGGUGCUCAUGUGCAGUUUCCUGCAGACCCCGGAAGCGGUUACCGCGGAGCGAAGGUCGUCCUACGGGAUCGUCUGUGGUCUGAUGUCAGCGUCUGAGUGGAGCCUUCUCUGACCACCGCCCUCCCAUUUAACAUGCCAGCCACACCCUCACCCCCACCUCUGGUCCAUGACGCCCGCUCUGCAAGUUUCCUCCUGCUGCUCCUUCCACUGGCUGAGUCCUGGUGACAGCAGUUCACCACGGGUCGAAGAGAGACAGAACGAAGGUGGGGACGGGCCGGCUUGCCUCCCGGCUUCACAUUAGACAGGUCGACUUGAAAGACUCAUUGCCUGAGGAAGAAGCCCUGAAGAGGAGGGAGAGGAAAGAAGGAGGAGUCAGGAAUGGCUCUUUCUCAGGCACAGUUGACAUUCAAGGAUGUGGCCAUCGAAUUCACUCAGGAGGAGUGGGAAUGCCUGGACCCUGCUCAGAGGGCCUUGUACAGGGACGUGAUGUUGGAGACCUACAGGAACCUGAUCUCCCUGGAUACCUCUCUUAAAUGUGUGAUCAAGGAAUCAGCACCAAAAGAGAACAGUCAUACAGGGGAAAUGUUGCAAACAGUGUUGUUGGAAAGACAUGAAAGCUGUGAGACUGAGGACUAUGGCUAUAGGGAAAUCCAGAAAAAUAUGCAUGACUUUGAGUACCAGUGGAGAAGUGACAAAAGAAAUUACAGAGGAGUGCCUGUCACCUGUAAACAAAAUCUUACUGGUAGAAGAGAUCAACAUGGUAGAAGAGAUGAAGGAAACAAGCCUAUUGAAAACAGGCUCGGACUAAGCUUUCAGUCACAUCUGGCCGAACUGCAGAUAUUUCCAACUGAAGGGCAAUUUUAUGCCUAUCAUCAAGUUGAGAAGUCUAACAACAGUGGUUCCUCAUUUUCAGUACUUCAGAGAAUUCUUCCCAGUGUCCAAACCAACAUUUUUAAUGAAUAUGGGAAUGAUUUCUGGCAUUCUUCAUUACUCACACAAGACCAGAAAGCAUACAUUAGGGAAAAACCUUACAAGUGUGAUGAGUAUGACAAAGCAGUUAAUCAUGGCUCACAUCUCACUAACCAUCAGGUAAUCUACACAGGUGUGAAACCUUACAAAUGUAAUGUAUGUGGCAAAGCCUUUAAUCAGAGCUCACAUCUCACUAGACAUCAAAGAAUCCACACAAGAGGGAAACAUCACAAGUGUGAGGUAUGUGGUAAGGGCUUCAGUUACAGUUCACACCUUGUACGUCAUCGCAGAAUUCAUACCGGAGAGAAACCCUACCAGUGUGGCGAGUGUGACAAAGCCUUUAGUGUGUAUUCAAGUCUUAUUUAUCAUCAGGUUGUCCAUACUAGAGAGAAGCCUUACAAAUGUAAUGAGUGUGGUAAAGUCUUUAGUCAGAGUUCAAGCCUUACUAAUCAUCGCAGGAUUCAUACUGGAGAGAAACCAUACAAAUGUAAUAAAUGUGGCAAAGCCUUUAAUCAGAGGUCCCACCUCACUCGACAUCAGGUCAUGCACACUGGAGAGAAACCUUACAAAUGUAGUGAGUGUGGGAAGGUCUUCACUCAAAACUCAAGCCUCGUAAGUCAUCGGAGAAUUCAUACUGGGGAGAAGCCAUACAAAUGCAAUGAGUGCGGCAAAGCAUUUGGUGUGUAUUCAAGUCUUAAUUAUCAUCAGGUCACCCAUACUAGAGAGAAACCUUACAAAUGUAAUGAGUGUGGCAAGGUCUUCAGUCAGAGUUCAAGCCUUCCUAGUCAUCGCCGGAUUCAUACCGGAGAGAAACCUUACAAAUGUAAUCAGUGCGGCAAAUCCUUUAUUCAUUGCUCAAACUUCAACAGACAUAAGAAAAUUCACACUGGAGAGAAACCUUACCGAUGCAGUGAGUGUGGCAAGGUCUUCACUCAAAACUCAAGCCUUGUAAGUCAUCGGAGAAUUCAUGCUAGAGAGUAACCUGACCAAUGUAUGUAACGAGUGUGGCAAAAUAACACAAAUUCAAGCAUGGAUUGACACCAGAGAGUCCACACUAAAGAGAAAAUCAGUGUAACAUAUAGGACAGAGGACUUGUACAGACUGCGCAACUCACUAGACAUCAGCAUAUACAUCAUUGAUGAAGCCACAAGAAUGUAAUGUGUGUAUAAAGACUCUCAUCUGUAGAUCAAAACUACAGAACAUCGCAAGAUUCCUACUGGGGAGCAGCCUUACAAAUGUAAUGAAUGUGGGAAGGCUUUUUAUUAAACAUUCAUGGCUUUGAUGUCAUGAGAGGAUUUAUACCUGAGAGAAACCAGGGAAAUUUACUGAAUGUGGAAAGGCCUUUAAGCAACAGUGUCCCCUCAGGAUUCACCAAAGAAUUCAUAAUGGAAAGAAACCUUACAAACGUAAUGAAUAUUUAACAUUUCUUCAAGACUUUUCACAACAGAAUCCACAUCAGAGCAUUCACAUGAGGAAUAACUAAGUCUCAAGUUUAGUCUGAAAUAUUACAUACUGCAGAAUAAAAUUAAAAGUCAAAAUAUGUUAAAACUUAGGUAGAUAUAUAGAUAGAUCCUGAGGAUGUUAUCCUAUGGUUUCUUUUCUAAAUCUCUUAUAAUUUAAAGUAGUAUGGUUUUACAUUUCACGUUUAAAGCUAUGACCAAGUUUGAGCUAAUAUUUGUACAGGUGUGAAGUUUUGGUGGAGAUUCUUUCUUUUUUUUUUUUUCCUAGUAUGGAAGAUCAGUUGAUAUGGUGUAAUUUUUUCAGAUUCUUGCUUCAUUCAGUUUUCUUGGUACCUUUGUCAAAACUCAGUUGCAAGUAAUUGUGUGGGACUAUUUCUGGGUUCUCUGUUUUGUUCCCUCGUUCUGUAUGUCUCACUCCACAAAUAUCAGUCUUGAUUACUUUUUAUCUUAUUAGAAGUUUUGAAUUGAAUGAGUGAUUCCAACCAACUUAUUCUUCUUAAGAUAUUUUAGCUAUUCUAGUUCCUUUGCCUUUCCAUAUAAGUUUUAGAAAAAUCUUGUUUGUGCCUACAAAAUAUCUUGAUAGAAAAUGCAUUAAGCCUGUCUAUCAGUUUGCGAUCAUUUGACAUCAUUUCUAUAUUAUGC